AUGCAGACAUCUUCUACAAACAUUUGUGAAAGACUGUGCAGUAAGUCCAUCCGUGAGAUUUCCUUGCUACUAAAUAUUCCACAGUCAGCUGUUAGUGGUAUUAUAACAAAGUGGAAAAGAACUGGGAACAACAGCAACUCAGCCAUGAAGUGGUAGGCUAGAUAAAAUGACAGAGCGGGGUCAGCGCAAUGCUGAAGCUCACAGUGCGCAGAAGUCGCCAACUGUCUACAAAAUCAAUAGCUAAAGUCCUCCAAACUUUCAGAUUAGCAUAUCAACAGUGCGUAGAGAGUUUCAUGGAAUGGGUUUCCAUGGCCGAGCAGCUGCAUCCAAGCUUUACAUCACCCAAGUACAAUGCAAAGCAUCGGAUGCAAUGGUGUAAAGCACGCCGCCACUGGACUCUA